AUGCACCGCGGCGGGGUAGGGCAGAGCGAGCGAGCGAAUGCGAGGGACGACGGCAGGCUGACCACGGUGAACAGGGACAGGCUUGGUGACGCGCUGCAGCGGCAGGGAGCGGAGAUGUUCCCAGGGCUGAUCGAGUACAAUUUCCAGCACAAGUUGGUGGGGUUGGAUUUCGAGGCCAAGGAGGCCAGUUUUGAGCAGACGGGGGGGCAGGGAGUGGUUAAGAGGCCGUACGAGCUGCUGGUGGGCGCGGACGGGGUUUGGAGCGGCGUGCGGGGAGAGAUGGAGCGGGUGGGUUUCGUGACGGUCAGGCAGAAGAGGAACACCGGCGGGUUGAAGGUGAUGGAGGUGGCCGACCUGCCAGGGUCGGAGGAGGGCUGGGAGCGCUGCUGGCACCUAUGGCUGCGCCACUCGCCCAGGAUCGCCAUCAUGGGCUCGCCCACACCGGAGGGCCGCUACCGGCUGGCGAUGGGGACUUGGUACGACGACUGGUGCGGCGACCUGGAUCAGUUCAAGACGGAGGCGGGCGUGGAGGCGAUCAUACGGGAGAAGUUUCCCGACGUGUUCGAGGGGAGGGAGAUGCCGGACGGCCUGGCGCGUGGCCUCGUGGAGGAAGAGGUCAGCCACAACGGCGUGGAGACGGACUGCAGCGCGUUCCAUGCCGGGGAUGCGGUCGUGCUGGUGGGGGACGCCGCCCACUCCGUGUGGCCCAACGCGGGCCAGGGCUGCAACUCGGCCCUGGAGAGCUGCAGGAUCCUGGCGGGCCUGAUCGCCGAGCACGGCGGGCAGCUGGCCAAGGCGCUGCCGGCGUUCACCGCGAUGAGGAAGCCGGACACCGACGCGGCGGCAGCGAUGUCGCGCAGGGCGUGGCUGACGCCUCAGCACAUGCUUAGGGUGACGCUGCUGAACGGCCUGCACAGAGCGCUGCCGUUCGUGUUCGGCAUGCCCGCGGAGGAGCUGCUGAGGCUGGGCGAGGGGUCCUAUGCCAAGAUCGAGGCGCGCCACCGGUGGCAGAACAGGCAGAUCUUAAUGAUGGUCGCCGGCGCGCUGGGGCUGGCCGCCUUCGCCCUUGUCAGGAGGUAG